AUGUACGGCAACGUGGAGCCCAACCAGGGGCAAAAGUGGGUGCUGGGGCCCAGCGACGGGGAAGAGGAGAAUCCUUACGAGCCUCUGGACCCCCUUGAGGUCACCCCAAGCCAGAAGCAUGCACCAGAGCCAGCAUGGACCAGUCCAUCACCACCAAGCCCAAAGGCCACUUGCCCCCCGUCCCCAGCUCCAUCAGGGGGGUGCUCCAAAGGGAAGCUGGUGCUGGUGGUCACCAUGGCCCUGGGGGUCUCGGUGCUCAUGAACAUCCUCUUCCUCACCAUCGGGGCGCGGCACAUUGCAGCCCUGACGGCGGAGCUGGAAGCAGAGAAGGCGAAGGUGAUGCCGAAUGUGGCCUCCCGCUCCUUCCUCCUCUACAACGAAGACCACCGCAAGUGCAUUGAGGCCAAUGGGCACCAGUUGACGGCGACAACGUGCCAGCCCGGUGCUGCCACCCAACGCUUCCAGUGGCUCCAAGGAGGCCGGUUGUGGUGCUGGGAGAGCCAACGUUGUGUCACGGCCACCCGUGGCCAAAACCUGGCCCUGGUGAGGCUGGAGCCGUGCCGGGAUGAUGCCAAACUGCAGCGCUGGGAAUGCCGGGAUGGAGGGUUGCUGGCGCUGGCUGGAUCCAACCUCUUCUUCAACUAUGGCAACAACCAGCAGCGCACGGUGAUGCUCUACACCGGGGACCGCCAGUGGAGCCGCUGGGUUGUCCAUGGGAGCAGGGAUGACGUCUGUUCCCGCUCCUGCUGCCCCCCCUGCUCCAAAGGGUGGACUCAUUUCCAGAAUUCCUGCUAUUUCUACUCCAAGACAGCCAGAUCCUGGGAGAACGCCCGGUCCUUCUGCUCGCUCCUGGGUGCUCAGCUCCUGGAGGUGGAUGGUCCUGAGGAGAAGGCUCACAUCCAGAGCAUGCUGCAAAGCUCCUCCUGGCUCGGCAUCAGGGAUGAGGAGGUGGAAGGCACCUGGAAGCGAGCAAACGGGACCAUCCUCCCCUGGGAAAGCAGCUCGUGGCACAGGAGCGAGCCCAACGGUGGGCACCAGGAGAACUGUGCAGCAGUGAGGGAGGAUGGGCUGUGGUACGACUACCCCUGCACCAGCCAGCUCCCUUGGGUGUGCGAGGGACACCCCUAA